UAAUAGUUAUAAAAAAAAAAGUAAUGUCGCAUACAAAUACAAUUUAUUAUUCAUUCCCAAAUGUGGAUAAAGAAAUUGGAAGUGCAAUAACGACAUCAUCUAGUGUAUUAAGUGAAUCAAGUGAUGAUGUCAUAAAAAUGGAUAUUCCAAGAGAUGAUAUUGAAAUUGCGGCAGGAACCAGCAAUAUUCAAUUAACGCCAUUGUCAUCAGCAGCAAUAAUAUUCCCAUCAACAUCAACGUCAGUAUCACCAUUACCAACAAAUGCGAUAGCAUCAACAGCAGCAACAGCAACAAUUGCAACUGCAACUGCAACAUCACAAAAGAAAUAUUCAACAAAAAAGCCAAUAAAUUUAAAUUUAAAAAUUUCAAAUAAAUCUUCUGCUACUGCAUCAACAACAAAUGCAUCAUCAGCAACAGUGGAGAGCUAUGCAGAAACAGAUAAUGCUUCACUCUCCAAUACCAGCUCAGGCAGCAACAAUAAAACAUUAAAUAAUAGUAAUAAUAAAAUAUUAAAUAAUAGGAAUAAUAAAACAGCAACAACCCCACCUUCAACAUCGAUAACGAUGUUUCCACACGAACAAAAUAAGACGAUCAAAAAAAUUGACAUCGGUUUCGCCGAUAUUAAGUAUUCCGUAAAAGCUGGUUUCUUUAGGAGAGAAAACAAAGAUAUUCUUAAUGGUCUCACAGGAGAAUUUCGAAACGGCGAAUUAAGUGCUAUUGUGGGUCCUUCUGGUGCAGGCAAAAGCACUUUACUGAAUAUUCUCUCUGCAUACACACCGUAUGGUUACAGUGGUGAUAUUACUGUUAAUGGAAAUUUCCGUGAUAUUAAAGCCUUCAAACCAAAUAUUGCCUUUAUAACACAAGACACUAGUUUACAACCUUUUCUUACCGUGAAGGAAGCGAUGCAUUUUGCAGCGAAUUUGAAAGUUGGCGCUCAAAUGAACAAAAGUGCGAAAAGAGAAAGAGUACGCAAAAUUCUAGAAGCAAUCGGCAUGUAUGAAAAUCGUCACACUAGAACUGGUAACUUAUCUGGUGGACAAAAGAAACGUUUAGCCAUUGCAUUAGAACUAGUGAACAACCCACCUGUACUAAUAUUGGAUGAACCUACAAGUGGUUUAGAUAGUUCAACAUCAAAUCAAUGCAUUUCCUUAUUGAAAAAAUUAGCAAUGGAGGGACGUACUGUUAUCUGUACAAUACAUCAACCGAGUGCAUUAACUUUUGAGAUGUUUGAUCAUUUAUAUGCUAUAGCAGAAGGUCGAUGUAUAUAUUCUGGUGGAACAGAGAAUUUGGUGCCGUUUUUAGCCGAAUGUGGUUUACAAUGUCCAGAAUCAUAUAAUCCUGCUGAUUAUUUGAUGGAAAUAGCGACUGAUGAUUAUGGCAAACAAAAUGACAAACUAGUUGAAAAAAUUGAAAAUGGACAAAAUGAUUAUUAUAGACAAAAUAAAAUGGCUAAGAAAUCACAAAUGGAGGCUAUCAAAAAAAUUGAUAAAAUGAUGGCAUCUGCUUCGAUGACACCAGUAACAGCUCCUGUUUUGUCACCCGACUUAACACGUACUCCAAAUCAUAAUUAUUGUAAAGAUCCAUCGAUACGAGUCAAACAAUUGACGCCUAUUAAUGAAAUGUCAUCCCGAAUUUGGGACAGUCGAAAUCAAUUAGGCGAAAAUGGUCAAAUUACCAAAGAACAACCACAACCUCAACAAUCGGAUAGCAAUGGUUAUAAACCGAAGAAACCAAAAUUGCAAAUUGAUCCCGGAAAGUUAUGUAAACGCGAAAAUAUAUAUGCUACACCAUUUUAUCGCCAACUAAGCAUACUUUUGGUCCGCACAUUUCUAAUAUUAUGGCGUGAUCAAUCGUUGACUACAAUGCGUUUCAUCAUACAUUUCGUCACGGCAUUGCUAAUCGGAUUUCUCUACUAUGGCAUUGGAAAUGAUGCUGGAAACGCUUUAAACAAUUUUCGUUAUGCUUUCUACACAAUCAUGUUUAUCAUGUUUUGCGCUUUCUCGUCGAUACUAGUCAAAUUUCCAUUAGAGUUUCCGAUUGUGUCACGUGAGCAUUUUAAUCGUUGGUAUUCGCUGCGUGCCUAUUACGUGGCUAUAACAUUAGCUGAUAUACCCAUACAAAUGAUAUGUACUGGUCUUUUUAUUGGAACCACUUAUUUUUUAACUGAUCAACCAUUCGAAUUUUUACGUUUGGGCUUAUUUAGUUUAAUAGUGUUUCUAACAGCAUUAGUGGGUCAAAGUAUUGGCUUAACAGUUGGCGCAUCAUUAAGUGUACAGCUUGGUGCUAUACUGGGACCAUUUUUCAUAUGUCCAUUCUUAGCAUUUUCUGGUUUCUUUCUACAGCAUAAAGACUCACCAAUUUACCUACAAUGGGUGUUCAACGUUUCAUUUCUUAAAUAUAGUCUUGAUGGUGCAAUGCUAGCACUGUUCGGCUAUGAUCGACCGAAAUUAGAUUGCUCAAGCAUGUAUUGUCAUUAUACACGCCCCAAAAUCUUUCUAAAGGACAUGGAUUUGGCCAAUGCCAAUUAUGAAGUUGCAGUUAUAUUUUUAUUAUCGCUUUUUAUAGGUUUAAGAAUUCUUGCAUUCUAUAUUAUGUCUUUUCGUUUGAGAUUAUUCAGAUAAAUAUUAUAUAUAACUAUAAUUAUAAUUAAUUAUAUAUGAAAAAGAAUGCUAAAGCUUAAGUGGCGAGUGUGUGUCUGUUUGAAUGGUUAGUAAUCUUUUGAUUACUAUUCGUAUGUUUGCACAAUAAGCACAUAAUAACUAUUUUUUGAUCUUGGUACACGCAUGAGAGCACACAA